AUGACUUCGACUCUCCUCACCAACGAACUCACGCAUCUCGUCUCGGAGGCCAAACGAAAGAAUGGCGAGCUUCGGCACGCGGCCGAGAAGGCAUUGCAGGACCUGAAAUCCCUCCCCUCGACAUCGGAGCAACAGCUCGCAGCAGAUCUGAGCCGCCGACCAGCGUUCAUCGACCCUUUCCUACUUGCCUGUGCAACUCACAACCCUAAGCUCGCCGGCAGCGGGGUAACAUGCCUUCAACGGCUCGUGGUCACGCGAGGGCUAUCAAAGGCGCGCCUCAAAGACGCACUCGAGGCUUUCAACUCUUGUACGUCUCUUGGACUGGAUGUGCAACUCAAAAUUCUCCAGGCGCUACCUUCGCUUCUUCAAAACUACGCCGAAGACCUCAAAGGUGAUCUCUUGAGUGGCGCGCUGGAAGUCUGCUCCUCGCUGCAAGCCGCCAGAGUUCCCACUGUGAGCGGUGUCGCGGCUGCCACUUUGCAGCAGUUGGUCAGUAGCAUCUUUGAGAAAGUGGUGAACGAGGACCGACAUGCUACCGAGGUUGCGGCGUUGGCUGAAGUCAAGGUCGACGAUGAGAGUCUGAUGCUCCGGCCGGCUGCUCACGAUGCUUUCCGAUCCACCUUUGUUCAGUUCACUUCGUUGUCACAAGAAGCUAUCUUGGAGCUCCUCUGGAUUUGCAUCAACGGCAAUCCCCAGCUGUUCGCCUCACAUACCGAAUUGAGUAGUACAGUGAGAUCGCACGUGCUACCUCUUGCCACUCGUGGUCUGUCGGAGAGACUGAGCUUUCCCCUCACAUUGCGGUCGUUCCGAAUACUGGAUCUGGUGCUCGGUCGCUACAUUACACGAUACCCCGACGAUUGCCUACCCGCCAUCAGUCUACUUAUCGAUACCUUAGAUCCGGAUGCUGUACCUCUAUGGAAGCGAGCCAUGGCCAUGGAGGUGUUCAGAAAGUUCUUCGCAGAUGGCAAUUUGGUCAUCGAUACCUAUUCGAUCUACGACAAGACAGCUGGCAGUAAGCGCAUUGUUCAAGACAUCAUGUCGGCUUUCGUCCGAAUGUCAUCCGAGAAGCCUUCAGCGAUCGGCCUGGGACAGCAGUCGUCCAUCCCGGUAGGCUCAACCGCGUCUCGAGACUCGGCAGAUCAUAUUCCACCCGAGAUCACCGCCGGAAUGGCGGGUCUCAUGGGCUCUACGUACACGGUGGCGGAGGCGAAUGUCCCCGGGAUCAGCUCCCGCUGGAGCAUCCCUCGCACUUCUUGUCUAGAACAACUUGACAAACUCGAAGCCCCUUCGGUUCCCGAGACCUAUGUCUAUGCCCUUGUUUUGGAUUGUAUGGGCAGUUUGUCAGAUAACCUCGCCAAGGUUGUACUGCCGCUGACCGUGCACAACGAGAAGUUCAAGUCCUCGGCAAUCAAUGGAAAGGCCAGCAGCAAUGGCGAGGCAGCCCGAAGGCAUCGAACCGAAUCAUACCAAAGCCGCACAGUCCCACGGAACCCCCUCGAACAAGGGUCAAACGAAGUUCCCGCUCGUGUGCAAUCUGUUCACGCUCUUGUGGACUCUUGUUGGCCUGCAGUUUUGGCCACUUCCUCGACGUUCCUGAAUGCAGCCCUGGACGACCAGUAUUAUCGCAAUCUUAUCAAGGCCUACCAACGCUUCGCGCAAGUAGCUGGUCUUCUGCGGUUGGUGACGGCAAGGGACGCCCUCAUGACCACCCUCGGAAAGGCUGCAGUGCCCCCGCACGUAGUCAACGCUACUCAGCCAGAGCCUCUGAAGUCGCCUACUCUCGAGAGCCCUAGCGUGUUCUCAAACCCCAAGAGCUUGCUGAGCAUGGACAGCUUUUCGAGUACCGCUUCGCCAAUCGAACGUGACAGGAGGCGGUCUUUGGAAUCCGCGAGACCAACGCUCACCACUAGAAAUCUCCUUUGCUUGAGAGCACUACUCAACCUUGCGAUUGCAUUGGGUCCCACUCUCGAUGGUGCAUUCGCCGUCGUUGUGGACGCUCUGCGACAAGCCGACUUGGUCCUUAGUACAACCACCCCUCAGCAGCUCAUUCGACAAGGAUCGGUAGCAUCAAAGCAAGGGCCAGAUACCCAGAGCUAUGCUCAAGCCUUCAGCAGUGAGGUCACUGCGGUAGAGGGGGCCGCCUCACGGCUGCUCGAGAGCACAGCCGACUACCCCAAUGGACCGUUCUUGAGCGUCUUACAAACAUUUUGCCGCCUGCUACACGUUAGACAAUCAGAUGCCUCGCCGGCCUCGCCCAACCGGCAAGUGCAAGUUUCAUCACCACCACCAACCCCGACCAUGCCGCUUCGAUCUUUCUCGGGACUGACUGGACUGAGCAUCAUGAAAGACAUCCAAAUGCGGGACUACAAGUUUGUGAUCCCUAAGCUCGGCGGUUUGGCGGAGCUAAAUAUAUCGCGAUUUGCUUUGGGCGAUCCGGUCGAGACUGGCUGGAAUCUGCUUGUGGAUGAGUUUGUGAUUCUGGCCUCGAGCAACAGCAACCCAGUUGAGGCUCGUCGGGCCGCCACAGGAGCGUUAUGCAAGCUUGCUGCCGAAGUUGUUGCCGAAGUCAUGGAAGACGAAGUGCAGACGAGGACUGUUAUUCAAAGGAGGACGCUAGCCACCCUUCUCCGGCUAGUCGAUAGCAUGUAUGAGGACGACGGCGAACUGACAAGCAACGAUAUCGACGUUCAAAGCUACGUUUUGGAAGCUCUGCAGGCGAUAUUGCAGCGGUGUGGAGAGUCACUCGUGGCAGGCUGGAACCGAAUGAUUGGCAUCAUCAGCAGCGUCUUCGAACGCAACGGAGCCCCACCAAUGCGACCAGAUGACGAAGAAACACACAUUGACUGGAUCAAUGUGUCCGAUGAGUUCGACUCCGUGCAACUCGGACGGACCGCUUUUGCUGCCACGCAGCUCAUCUGCUCAGACUUCUUGUCUGCAUUACCCACUCGGGUUAUGCCUUCUCUGAUUGAACUGCUGUUCCGGUUCGCGAAGCAGACUGAUGAUCUGAACAUCUCCCUGUCGACUAUCACGAUCGCUUGGCAUGUGUCGGAUUACCUGCUGAGCAAUGUCUCGCGCGAUGCAAUCAGCGAAACCACUCGCCUACUCAAAGAAGCAGAUGAAUUUGAGGAAGAGGUCCACUCCGCAUCUCGCGACUCUCCGGCCGCGCAGUGGUACCUACUCCUCGUUCGAUUGCGAAACAUCAUCAAGACUGGUCACAAGGAGGUUCGAAAGGCUGCGUUCCAGACGGUCUGCAGCAUCUUCCACAACAAUGGCGAUCAAUUGCCGCCCGAUGCUUGGGACUUGACUCUGCGCAGCGUCGUUUUCAAAAUCUCUUUUGACGAUGUUAUGCUCUAUCACUCGGAUGACGAAAACGACGAGACGCAAAAUCGCAUCGGCUUCCACGACGAAAGCAUCUCGAGCGCCAUUAUCGGCGGCACUUCUGUCAUUGUCGCGCAGAACCUCCAUCACAUCGAGCAAGUUGCCCAGCUCCCCAGCUUGUGGGAGGCUUUUCUGAGUCGACUGGAAUCGUACUUUGAUCUGCAAAUACACUCCAUCAACGCCGCAGUCUUUCGAGCUCUAAGCUCGAUACUUUCGCAGAUCACCACAGGCUCGAAAGUCUGGACGGGAGUCAUGUACCGCACCCUCGCCCUUUGGCUCAAGCGCAACCCCGCCACAAUCGAAGUGAAGGACUCCGAGUCCAAUCAAGACAGCUUAUCAGCCUACGUAGACUCCGGCACGGAGCUAUACCGCCUCACGCAAGAGAGCAUGAGCACGUCGCAGACGCGCACACUGGUGGAGAAUCUCUACCACGCCAUCCGCGCCUCGGCCUCAACCUCGCAAUACGCAGUCGACACGAACAAAUUAACCACAGUGCAAGGGAAAGCCUUUGACCUCUUGAAAGCAGUUCGCUCAGACCAUCCGUCGACCCUCAUCGUCGUCGCCGCGAAGCUAACGACGCUGCACCAUGAUGCGGCAGAGGAGGCACCGCACAGCAACGGCGCGAGUUUCGUCGCCGUGGCGAGCGCGGCGAUGGAGUGGCUUGAAGGCUUGGUGCUGUCUAGCGUGGCAGACGAGGAGCUCUACGACAGCGGCGUGGUCGUCAGCGUGCUGGAGAAUGUCAAUCGCAUGGUUGGGCUGAAGUACUUAUUCACACUGGAGUACAAGGGGGUAUCGAUUUGGCGCAAGGCUUCGAAUCUCGCGCUCGCACUUGCUGGACCUGUGUUGCAGCAGGUUGGAGCACAGGGUUUAGAUCAGGCGGUUAUGAUUCCAAUCUUGACUGAGUUUAUUGGGAUUGCGACCGGCAUGGUCGCUGCGAAUGGACUCGAGCGCAUCGGUGAUUCUACCCGAAUCUACGAGGACGAGACCACGGACAUUGAGAGUUUCAAUUCUCUACGAGCGGUACUUACGCCCCAUCUCGGCGGGGCAGAGGUUCCCGAUCGAUUACGAUCCACCUACUGCCAAGCACUCUUCGACGCUUCCAUCAUCCACGAACCAGAGCCCGGAGAGAUUCCAGAUACCAAGACACCACCACUACAACACGUCCAGAGGAUUCGCCGCGGUCGCGUACGCCGCGUCCCAUAUGUUCAGCGGGAGAGGAUGGCGUACGAAUGCCUCUCAGAACUGCUGAAGCUAAGCGGCCAGCAAAGCGAAAGCAAGCUCCUCGCCAAAGCAGCGGCGCCGUUUCUCAUCCUGCGUCUGGCGAUUCCGCUUCGAGCUUACAUUGCCGACCAGCCGCUACGCGGACGCAGACCGCAGCCGUUGUCGGAAUUGGAGGAGCUGCUUUUCUGCUUUACCGCCAUCAAGGAACUUCGCUGUGGUGAGGAGGUGUUGGGAGGAGCCGAUGCGAGCGGUAUGGUGAUGAGUCGAGACCGAGCUCAUUUGCGGUAUUUGUAUCCGCUGUUGGUCAAGGCCGUCAGCACGGCUGGCGACAGGUGGUCCGGGGCUGACGAAGUUCUCACACCGCUGCAGAAUGUGCUUGCGAGCGUCGUACCGAUGCAGUAA